AUUCUAUUUCCAUCUCAAUGCAAGGCGAUCUUCUUCUCGCGCCGAGCGGCGGCAGCGAGAUGACACAUGUCCUGCCAGGCGAGGCGUCGAGCGUGACAGCAUUAAGCAUCCCAGCGAGCACCGUCCCACUGCUCGCCAACCCGACCACCACCACCACCACCACCGAUGCGAAUCACUCUCCAGAUUCGAAGCAGCACCAUAGCGUUGUCACAGCUGAGGCAGACGCAGAGGACGAGGAAGAGGAAGAUGAAGAGGCAAAGGCUGGGUCGAGCCGAGCGUCAUACACCGAAGCAAUGUCAAGCAUCGGCCCGGACUCGGCGGCCAACUCGGCGCACCCACACGCUGCGAUUGCGCAGACAAGCACAGCGAACGGACACAGGCACUCUGACCCACCUCCGCGAGACGGGGUGCUGGACCGGGACAGUCGUGUUGUGGACAUGUCGCGGGUGCCGAAUCGCGGCAGCCACAAUCACAAUGACGACAAUCACGACAAUCACCACGACAAUGUGAAUCACGACGAUCGACAAGCGACAGGGCUGCCAUCGACAUCCGACAAGCAGAGUCAGAGUCAGGAGCAGGAGGACAAGCUCCCCGCGCCAACCGCCACGACCGCCACGACCGCCACGACCGCCAACGACGACGGGACCGUCCAUCACCAGUACGCCCAGAAAUCGGCAUUCGAGCGGUUUGCAGCGAGUGUGGCCCGUGCUCAAGAUGCGUGCGAUCGCGCGUGGAUGCGAUGCUUCACCCUGUUCAAGAGGCCCCAGGUGCUCGAGCGCGAUGUCGCAUGGUGGAACGCGGAUGACUUUUGGCCGUGCUGGGUCGGAUUUGUCGGGUUUGCCAUCUGCACCGCGUUUGUCAGCGGCGACUAUCCCGUGCCAGCGUUUCAAGCAUACGACACGGACUUGUUCUACUCCAUCCAGAGCUCGACCAUGGAGGGCCUGCCGGUGCUGUUUGGGUUUAUGCUCGUGCUUUUGUGGAUUGCGCUCGCGUGCCAGAACGCAAAGGGCUGGGAAUACUUUCCGUUCGGCUUUGGCAUGGUCUGGCUCCUGUCGCUACUGGCCAAGAUGAUUGCCAAGCAGCGCGACAUCAAGUCGGCCAGUCUCGGCGACUCGAUCUGGGCGAUUUUCCUGGGCAUGUUCUUUUCCAAUUUCGUCUGGCGCGAGAAGGCCAAAACGCCAAAAUGGGUCGCCAUCUCCAUGCAAACCGAGCUGUACAUUGCCACAUCGCUCGUGUUGCUAUGCAUUGAUUUCAGCGUGCUGGGUCCGCUGGCUCCGCGCGCGAUCGUUGUCGCCUGGAUUGACACGCCCAUUUUCUUCAUCCUGAUGUCCUUCUUUGGCUUUUACGUGCUCGGCAUCAACAUCCACUCGGCCAUCAUCAUGGCAGGCACGGCCUUGAUCUGCGGCAGCUCGGCUGCCAUUGCUCUGACGGUUGCGCUGAAUGUCCGGAAAUCGGUCGCAGACAUUCCAAUUGCCAUUAGCUCGUUGCUGACAGUGCCCAGCAUCAUUGGUCUACCGUUCCUGGCCAACGCCCUUGGCCUCUCUGCUGACGCUUCUGGCGCUUGGUUUGGCGGAUGCGUGGACAGCACAGGCGCAGUGAUUGCGACCGCGACCAUUUACGGCACGGACGCAGUCAACGCCAGCGCUGUGGUCAAGAUGAUUCAGAACGUGCUGAUUGCUCCGCUCAGUGUGUUGGUUGCCGUCUUUUGGCUCAAGUAUGGCGCACAGAUCGAGCGCAUUGCUGAACAGCGGAGUGUGCUGCACGCUGCACCGACCGAGUCUGCGACGGAGAUUCCCAUGCAACCGAUCAAGCCAGUCAGCAACGGCGAUGUCGAGGCGGCUGCUGCCGGUACUGGCACAGCAGUGCCGCCCCAGCCAGCUGAAGCAGCAGCAGCAGUUGCCUCACCAGCAGCAGCACCAGCAGCAGCAGCAGCAGCAGCAGCAGCACCCGUAAACCACCAAUGGGGCAAGCUGCUUUGGAAACGAUUGCCCAAGUUUGUCCUUGGAUUCGUGCUCAUCACCAUCAUCUUCAACCUGGCCGUUCCAUCGGACAUGCGCACCGAGACUCGGGAAUUUUGCUUUGUGGUGGCCGAGUGGUUUUCGACCUGCUCGUUCAUUUCCAUCGGGCUGGGCAUGCGCAUCCUCGAGCUCAGUCGAGGCUUGCAGCUCAUCAUCAAGCUCUUUGGUCUCUACAUUAUCACCCAAAUCAUUGAUAUCAUCAUCACCGCUGGGCUAAGUUAUGCCGUUUUUUCAUGAUGUUUCCAACGUGCUUAAUACAAUGUUCCCUAUUUUCGGAGAAGGUAAACUCG